AUGACCCCCAAGAGGAAAAACACACCCCCUACAUCCAAGCCUACAUCCAAGCCUACAUCCAGGACUAUCAAGACACCCACCAAGAUCAAGACCACCACUAUCAAGUCCAAGACGGUCAGGGCACAGACCCCGCGAGCGACCACACGACCCAAAACGGGCAAGCGCUCCACAUCUUCUGGCAGGUCGAAACGACCCAAACGAAGGAAAAAAGGCAGACGAGCUGGCAAUACCGCCAACCUUAUGAGAGUCUACAGACUCUCUCCUAUGCUCAGCCAGCUACUCGACAAAACCGCCCUCUCCCGAUCCCAAGCUAUUAAACUCAUCUGGAAAUAUAUCAAAGACCACGACCUAAAUGAUGGCCAUGUCAUCGCCUGCGACAAAGCCCUCCGCACCUGCUUCGAUACAGACUACCUACACUUCUUCUCGCUCACCGCCUACCUCACACCACACCUUCUCGAGGUCGUCGAUACACUGGAGGAACAUGCCCCCAGCACAGUCGACAUCCUACUCAACGAUCUUCCCGAACUCCGAGACCUCUCCGGAGAACACCUUCACUGUGACGGAUCCACCGACUCAGACGACGAAUCAGCAGAUUUGGAGGCCGACGACCUUGUCGACGACGAUGCCCCAGACGACGAUGACGACGACAAACCAAUUAAAUCUGAACCCGCCGUCAAAUCUGACUCCAACAUAUCUGAACCUAACAGAGGAACCAAUCGCCACCACACUCGCGCCAGAACCCCCACCAGAUCCCCGAACAGAACUCCACCAAAAAGCGCUCCUUCCAAGAUCAGCACCCCCUCAUCCAAUAAACCUGAAUCAGCAAGCCGCCCGCUCCUACAGACCAAGUUGCAGGCCGUGAAAUCGGAGAUCAAAAUCAAACCCGAGCCGCAACUGAGCCAGGCCGCUACCAGCAGAGUCCAAUUCACUCCCGCCAGAUCAACAUCUCGAGCAUCCACGCCAGGACCUCGAGCACAUUCAAAAAGUAGUUCUGACUUGAAAGAAGAAGCGUUACCUUAA